GAAUUUUGCUCUCUCACAAGUUUUUCCUCACCAAGCAGAACUAAGAAGAUUCUUCAACGAAAGGAUUUAUGGGCUUUCCUUGUUGCAUCCUGAGAUGAUCGUUCGAGACUGAAAGGUCGGAUUUUUUGGCGUUUAAAACAGAAUUGGAUUAUUCAGUUGGUGUUUGGAGGAGGAUUGACAUUGGGUUGAUUUAGUUUUGAGUUUUAACCUCUAUGGGUAGCAUUGGGGAAUCGUCUGAAUCUGGGGUUGGGGUGUCUGGUUCCCAUUCGGUAAAAGAUGAAAUUUUUCGUGAUGAGGAGAGGUGCUCUAAGCAAGUUUCACCCAUUAGAGGUGGUGGGUCGAGGAAUACGAGUCCGCUUGGUCGUGUGGGAUCGAGGAAUACUAGCCCUUCGAGGCAAAAGGUGAUAAAGACUAAACCUCGUGGGUUAGAUGAAGAAACGGUUGCUACAUUUGGUAAAGCUAUUCACCCUGAUGUUCAAAUGGAGGAUAGAAUAUGGGCGAUGUUGCCUGAGGACUUGUUGAAUGAGAUUUUAGCUAGGGUUCCACCAUUUAUGAUCUUUAGGCUUCGUUCAGUCUGUAAAAGGUGGAACUCAAUUCUUCAAGAUAGCAGUUUUCUUAAGUUUCACUCCCAAGUGCCAUCUCAUGGACCCUGUCUUCUUACAUUUUGGAAGAACGCACAGACCCUGCAGUGCUCAGUUUUUAGCUUGCCAUUGAAAACAUGGUAUAGAAUUCCAUUCAAUUUUUUGCCUCAAUGGGCCUUCUGGUUAGUUGGUUCUUCAGGGGGCCUUGUUUGCUUUUCUGGACUUGAUGGCCUAACUUUCAAAACUGUGGUAUGUAAUCCUCUGACACAAACUUGGAGGACAUUACCAUAUAUGCAUUAUAAUCAGCAAAGACAGUUGAUUAUGGUUGUGGAUCGGACAGAUCGGUCAUUUAAAGUCAUAGCCACCAGUGAUAUCUAUGGUGAUAAGUCACUGCCUACUGAAGUGUAUGAUUCAAAACUUGAUAAAUGGUCUCUCCACCAGAUAAUGCCUGCAGUUAACCUUUGCUCCUCAAAGAUGGCAUAUUGUGACUCCAGGCUGUAUCUUGAAACCCUUUCACCUCUUGGUUUGAUGAUGUAUUGUUUGGACACUGGAUAUUGGGAACAUAUUCCUGCAAGGUUUCCAAGGUCUUUGUUGGAUGGUUAUUUGGUUGCUGGGACUCAGAAGCGUCUGUUUCUAGUUGGAAGGAUUGGUCUUUAUAGUACUCUUCAGAGUAUGAGAAUUUGGGAAUUGGAUCAUUCCAAGAUCAUGUGGGUGGAGAUAAGUAGAAUGCCACCAAAGUAUUUUCGAGCUCUCCUGAGGCUAUCAGCUGAGAGAUUUGAGUGCUUUGGACAGGACAAUCUGAUUUGCUUUACAUCUUGGAACCAGGGGAAGGGUCUUCUCUAUGACAUGGAUAAGAAAGUUUGGUCUUGGAUUGCUGGAUGUGCUCUUCAGUCAUAUAACAGUCAGGUUUGCUUCUAUGAGCCAAGAUUUGAUGCUUCCAUACGCUAGGUGGGAAGAAAUUCUGUUCUAUUUCAGACAAGGUUACUGAACAGUGGCAUAGUUCUUUUUAUUGCUGACGCCUUCAUGUUGCAUCUUCUUUUACUCUAUCACUUUCUCUUGUUCUGCACAGUCAGCAGGGAUACUCCUGACUCAUAGUUGGUUUCAGCAUCCUAUUUUUGGUGGACUUCAUGUUCAUGGAAGUAGUUUCUACUUUAUAUGCUAAUAUUUUUUAGGAUGCAAUUGGUGGUAGUCUGUUGUACUGGGUUUGAAGGAUGCACAUCUCUGCUAUUUUACUUUCAUGACUCAAGUGCUGUUAAAAAAUGUCAAUUAUGGAU